CGCUUGUUUAUCCAACAAUCCUUCAAAAUGUCUUCUGCAAAAGCAAGAGUUCAAGCCGUUAAGCAGCACCUUUCCCCGGAAGAAGAGAGAGCCCUCGCUGUCUCCCCCGUUGAGAGCAUGAAAGAAGAAAGAAACAAGGCUGCCUUUGAUAUUAGAGCAAUGACUUAUCUUUUGGACGGAGGAAAGUCUGCUACUCUGGUCAGAGAACGUAUGAUGCUAGAACUUGAGCGAGAUCAAGUUUUUCGUAUGAAUGACUUCCACGACCUUACCAAGGAUCAAUUGCGCGAGAGAACAAUGGAGAAGUUUCGCAGCUUGCUUCACCAUUUGACCAAUGAAUCCGUCAAUACUUUCAGAAAGCGUAUGGAGGUGGUUUCUUUGGUUGAUCCUGGUUUCUGGACCCGCUUCGGAGUUCACUAUGGCUUGUUCUUUGGUGCUCUUCAAGGAAGUGCAACACCUGGUCAAUUCAGCUACUGGGCAUCUAAGGGUGCUGUUUCCUUGAAUGGAAUGAUUGGUUGUUUUGCCAUGACCGAAAUCGGCCACGGAUCCAACGUUGCUGGUGUUGAAACCACUGCCACAUUCGAUGAAGCCUCUGAUCAAUUCGUCAUCCACUCUCCCACUAUCACUGCUACCAAGUGGUGGAUCGGUGGUGCUGCUCAUACCGCUACACAUGCUGUCGUGUUCGCUCAGCUUCUUGUUGGAGGCAAGCGAUAUGGCGUCAAAUCCUUUGUUGUUCCAUUGAGAGAUCCCAAUGAUUAUUCUCUUCUCGCUGGUGUUAACAUUGGUGAUAUCGGCAAGAAGAUGGGCCGUGACGGUAUUGACAAUGGUUGGAUUACUUUUACCAAUGUCCGCAUCCCUAGAUCCUAUAUGUUGAUGAAGCAUACCAAGGUCUCACGCUCCGGCCAAGUCAAGGAACCCAAGUUACAACAAUUGACCUAUGGUGCUUUGUUGCAAGGUCGUGCCGCCAUGGUAGUCGAUAGCGGUAAUGUCGCCAAGAAGGCUUUGACCAUCGCUGUCCGAUAUGCUGCUGUCCGCCGCCAAUUCGCCACCAAGGCUAACCAAGGUGUCGAAACCAAGCUUCUUGAUUACCCUAUCCACCAACGUCGAUUGAUGCCACUUUUGGCUCAAGCUUUCGCCAUGCACUUUACGGGUACUGAAAUGAUGGAAAUGUAUCUUACCAUGAUGGACCAGUUGGAAAGUGCCAGCCCAGAUGAUGCUGAUCUUCAACAAGUUAUGGAGAAUUUGAAGGAAACUCACGCCACUAGCGCUGGUCUUAAAGCUUUUUGUACCUGGAACUGUCUCAAUACCAUUGAACAAUGCCGUCAAGCUUGCGGUGGUCAUGGUUACUCUGCUUAUACUGGCCUUGCUGGAAUGUAUCAAGACUUUGCUGUUCAUUGUACCUGGGAAGGUGAUAACACCAUCUUGACUUUGCAAGCUGGCCGAUAUUUGAUCAGCUCCUACCGUGAAGCACAAGAAGGCAAGAAGCUCGGCUCUGGUGUUGCAUAUCUUAAUAAUCUCAACCAACUCAUUGGUAAGAAGUGCUCAGUCAAGAAUGUUGAGGAGAUUGUUUCCGUUCAAGUCAUUACCGAAGCCUGGGAUGUGGUUUGUGCCAAUGCCGUUCAGCAAGCUGCGGAAGAAUUCGAUGGCUGCGUCAAGCGAGGCGUUGAUGUUGAUGAAGCAUAUGAACAAUGCUCACAAUCUCGUCUUUAUGCUGCCAAGCUUCACUCUUAUGGAUACCUCUUCAAGCGCUUCGUCGACGGUAUCUCCAAGGCCUCCGAAGAUUUGCGCAAGGUGUUGAUCGAUGUCUGCUACCUUUACGGUCUCUAUACCAUUGAAGAUAAUGCCGGCGCUUUCUUGCAAUAUGAAUACUUCUCUCCUGCUCAAAUUAGCUUUAUUCGAUCCAAGGUCAACGGCCUUUGCAAGAUCGUCCGUGAUCAAGCUAUUCCUCUGGUUGAUGCAUUCAACUACUCUGACUACAUUGUCAACAGUCCUCUCGGUCGCAAGGAUGGUGAUGUUUACGUCCAUUACUUUGCUCAAGUCAAGCAACAGAACCCUCCAAAAGAACAUCCUUACUUUGACCGACUCAUCAAGCCUCUCAUCCAUCGAAAGGCAAAUGAAGAUGAUCUCGAUGAAGAUGAAGAAGGUGGUCUUGAAGACGAAGAUGAAGAGGAAGACGCCGAGUAAACGUUUGCGUUUGCUAUUGUCUCGAUUGGCUUCCAGAUGUACCAUUAUAGACUGUUUUGUUCUUAACUCUCCACCCACGCCAUCUAUAUAAUGCUUUCCCCUUAUUAUUUAUGUGAACUACUUUUUUGGCCUGGAAGAACACUUGACGGUGUGUCAAUAAACUUGUACGAUAGAAAUUUGUUAUGGGAAAAAGAAAUGAUUCUCUAUUGAUGCUGAUAAAUAAAUACAAAUAUGAAAAAGGAAAGACGAGCAAUGUAAUACUAUGUCAUUAUAAGCGUUACCAUCUGUCUAUGAUGAAUGGUUUUAGCAUGAGGGCAUAAGGGAAUGAAUCUUAUUCUCUGGAGAUAUCGCGACCGAGAAUGUUCUUCUUGAUCCAGUCAGUGACAACGAGUGAUCGGUUACGGCCAGAGAAGAGGUUGGAAAGAUAAGCGGAGCGCCAGAACAAGAAAGUGGCUAAACAGAGCAAC